AUGGCUCCUCUUCAAGUUAUUGGCGCUGGCUAUGGCCGUACAGGCACUGAUUCCCUUCGUGAAGCUCUCAACAUCUUGGGCUAUAACUGCCAUCAUAUGAGAGAACUACUCGCACAAGAUCGUAAUCCAGAAAUCUUCCUCGAAGCCUACCAAAACCCUGACAAGCCUGCUGAUUGGGAUAAAGCUUAUGAAGGAUUUGAUGCAGCUGUUGACUGGCCCACUGCUUCCUUCGUUGAACCACUUUUGAAAAAGUAUCCUGAUGCCAAAUGGCUAUUAACCGAUCGGGAUCCCGAUAGCUGGUACAAGUCUGUAAAGAAUACAAUCCACGAAGGUGCUGCAUCCCGAACCCCAGAGGAGAUUGCUGCUUUGCCUGAAUACUUACAAAGAACCUUCAAGAUGGCAAAGACAGUGGUGAUGGAUGGUGCUCUUGGCGACGCUGCGCGUUUUGCCGAUGAAGAAGCCAUGAAGGAAAACUUUAGGAAUCAUUAUGAAUGGGUCAAAAAGACCAUUCCUGCCGACCGAUUACUUGUAUUGCAAUUAGGCGAGGGCUGGGAUCGAUUGUGUGAAUUCCUCGGCAAGCCUGUGCCUGAUGUGCCCUAUCCUCGAUCCAACUCAACCGCCAAUUUCCGUAAUGAAUUCUUGAAAACCUUUGAUCCUGCCAAACAUCAACAAGACAACCAAACAGCAGCUGCUUAA